AUGAGUGGGGGAUACUGGAGUUUAAAUGAUUUUCUUGAUAAAGAUAAGCAUCAUAAAUCUUCUAAUCAUAAAUUCGAAGGAACAUAUAAGGAAAAGAAAAAAAUUAAUCACAAUGUGCACCAAAAAAAAGAUUCCUAUAUUUUAACUGAAAAGUACAACAAGAAUAUAUCUUCCCCUAAAGAGUUCAAAAUCCAAGCAUCUACCAAUGAUCACCAACAUAUACUCUUUAAGGGGUAUCGUCAAGGAGGAGGAGGGAACCAUGAUGAAGGAAGAAAGGUGACACAUCGGGACCCUAAAUCUCACAGAGAGUUGUUUGAUAAACAGGAAAAGGUUCUGAACACAUCAGAUAUCAAACAUAGAAAAGAAGUAGACACCAAGGGAGAUAACAAAGCGGAUCAAAAAACGCAUACAAAAUCACACAAAUCAAGUCAUCGCCACCAUCACCAUCAUCAUCAUCACAAAGAUUCUCAUAGACAUUACAGAAAAGAUACACAUCGACAUAAUCGAAGAGAAUCUCAUCGUCAACAUCAUAAUAAGAAAGAGGUUGUAAAAAAAGAAAGCACAUCGGGAGGUUUAUUAUGGAAUUGCGUAAAAAGUGUAUGCUCAUCCUUUGCAUCUGUUGUAAAAAAAAAUAUUUUUACAUAUGAUAAUAAUAGAGAUGAGAAUUCAAGAAGCAAAAUAAUUUCUGAACACUCUAGAUUGAUUGAUAAAAAGGGGAAAAAAAAUAAACUUAAAGAUACAUCUCAGGAUGAACCUUCGGUUAGCAUAAUAAGUAAGAACAAUUUUGAAUUUGAAAAGAAUAAAAAUGAAUAUGAUAAUUCUCCCAAAAGUAGUAAUAAAGAAAUGGAAAAAAGUUAUUUUAAAAAUGAAAAAAAAAUACCUGAACAGGGCAAGAAUAAAUACAAACAGGAUGAUGAAACAAUAUCAAAUCGAAAUAAAAAAAUUAAAAAUUCUACGUACGAUUUUUCAGAAAAUGAUAUAAAAAAUUUAUUUACCCUUGAUAAUGAUGAAAAGGGGGGGGAGGGAUACCAUCCCCAUGCCGAUACCAAAUUAAUGAAAAAUCAUGAUGAUCAUAUUGAUUCAUAUCAUAUGAACGUUCAGGAUGUUAGCAACAAAAUCUCAAAUUGGGAUGGAAUAAAUGAGAAUGAGGGUGAUAUGAACAGUUCCAGUGCCAAACUUCUCCUGUCGAAUAUGAGCAACUCCCAUGUCAGUUCAAAAAUGAUUAAGAAGCACGGGGGGGGGGUUUCAAACAUACAGAGAGAAAACGGAAUGCUAGAGGGACCCAUCCCAAUUCACACAGCAACUAUAAGCAACAGAUGUUAUCAUCAUCAACAGGAGCAGGAGAAGCAGCACAAUAAGAAAAAGGAAGACAUGAAUUCAAAAGGAUGGAAGAUGAUUGCUCGUUCCUCUGAUGAGGAACAAACACACGAAUGGAAAAAAAAUCUUAAACCUGAUGAUAAUUUAAGAAAUAAGGAAGAAAGCAAAAGAAAUGGGAUUCAUAAACGAUCUUCAUUUACAAACGACAGCAGUAGCUACAGAGGUGAAAAAGAAGCUGUUCAUAAUAAUCAGCACAUGAAGAAUAGCUUAUUAAAAUUGUUUUUGCAAAUGGGAGAACAUAGUAUCGAUGAAGAGGUGGAGGAGGCAACGGAAGAAGAAGAAGAAAAAGUAGUAGAGAAAGAAGAAGUAGAGACAGAAAGAAAUGCACAAGAAAGCAAAAAAAUGACAGUAAGCAAUACAAGCCCACGAAGCAGUAGAAGUAAAACGAAUGCUCAUGAGAAAAGCGGUUACGUAACAUAUGAAGAGAAACAGUUUCUUAAUCGAAAGGGAAAGGGUAAAGAAUUGGACGAUAUUUCACGACACAAUGAAAAUGUUGAGAAAUUAUAUUAUGAACAAAUUUUUGAAGAUUGUAAUAAAAAAGACAAGUCGUUAAACAACCCGGAAGAUAGUUGCGCAGAUAGUUUUAAGAACAUAUUUUAUGAACGCACGAAAAAAGGGAAAAUGGUUAACACGCCAUGUAAUUAUCGAGUAGGUGAAGAAAAUUUGGAUGAACAGUGUCAGGCAGAAAAUGGAAAAAUUGAAGAAAUGGAGGAAAUGGAAAAAACCGAAAGUAUGGAAGAAGUAGAAUCAAAAAAUAAUAAUAAAAUAAAUAAUUCUAUGGGGGAAGAGGCUAGUGCAAAAGCUGAAGGUGCACCUAGCGUAGAUAUAGACGAAACAGAGCAGGACGAUGUACACGAGGGGAAAAAAAGAGCCGAAUAUUUUAGAAGCUUUAUCAAAAACAAUGAAGAAAUUAAACAAAUCAGAUAUGAAUAUAAGCAAUUAAUACAAACGAUAGAUUCCUUUAUAUAUGAAAAUUCAAACGAAAAUGAAAUUAUAUCCAGUUCUCGUCUUCUUCACAACAGACAUGGCAAGAGCCUUAUUCAAAACACACACAAGAGAGAAAGUAAAAAUGAAUCUGCAUAUUAUGAGAUGACAGAUAAACAGAACACAAUAAAUGGGAAUGAUGAAUAUAUGAAAAUUAUUGAUGACUUAUCGUUGGAAGAUAAGAGCGGAUAUAUCAUUUUGAAAAAUGACGAGGAGUCUCUUAUUCAAGCAUUAGAAAGAUUACGGAUUGAUAAGAAGAAGAUGGAAAAAGAGAAAGAAGCAAAGAAGAUGGAAGAAGAGAUAGAGACAAAGAAGAUAGAAGAAAAGGGUAAAACGGAAGAGAAAGAAGAUGAAAAUAAAAAAAUUGGAAAAAUGGACAAAAGCAUAUUUUUUAAAUGCAACAAAAAAAACCACUAUGAAAUGGCGGUAAAAAUACUAAAUCAGAAAGGAGAGAAUAAUGUCUUAAUCGAUAAAUUCAAUGUCCCACUUUUGUAUUCUCAAAUAAAAUGUUUAACAGAUACAAGGUGGUUAAACGAUGAAGUUAUUAAUUUUUACAUGAGCAUGCUACAGGAAUAUAAUGAACAAAAUACUAGAAAUGCAAUGGUGAAUAAUCUUCCCAAAAUUUUUACCUUUAGCACCUUCUUCUUUCAGUCCCUAAGUUCAAAUGGGACAUAUAACUAUAAUAAGGUAUCAAGAUGGACGAAGAGAAAAAAAGUUGACAUUUUUUCCUUCGAUUUGAUACUCAUUCCGUUGCAUAUAGGUGGAAAUCAUUGGACCCUUGGUUCAAUUAAUAUUAAAGAGAAAAAAAUUAAAUUAUACGAUUCAUUAAACAUGCCGAAUAAAAAAUUUUUUGAAUACAUGAAGCGUUAUAUUGUGGAUGAAAUGCGUGAUAAAAAGCAAAAGGAACUGGAUGUUUCUGCGUGGGAAUAUAACAAGGAUGGUCGUUCGGAGGCCGGAAUCCCCUAUCAGGAGAAUGGCUACGAUUGUGGCGUCUUCACCUGCAUGUUUGCAAAAUGUCUGAGCUUCAAUCGAAACUUUGAUUUCAGUCAAAGAGACAUAAAAGAAAUUCGAAUGAAAAUGGUUUACGAAAUAUCGCAAGGUUGUCUGGUGUUUUAA